GCCGGAACUACAUUACCGAAGAUGUAAAACGCCGGAAUUGUAGCCUGCCUCUUUCAAACAAAAAGAAAGGAAAACACGUCUCGUCCAACCAGUUCGUCCAGUUUUCAAUCCGAGCCUCAGGUAGAGAGAGUGAGACAGAGACAGAGCGAGACAGAGACACGGAGAGAGGAGUCGCUUUGUAAAGGGCGGACGCGGUGGACAGCAUGAAACAUUGAACUCACCGUCUUCUUGCGUUACGGACGUUAAAAAGUUUCAUCGGAGAAAAGCGCGCAACCGUUCAAGAUGAGUCGCCCACGUGUGGACUCGGAGGAGUCUCUGACGCCCGAUGAUGAGGUAAUGCCAUACAGUGAUGACGAGACUGAUGACGAGUUGGAGCCUGAGGAUGAAGUGGUGCAGCCGGCCGCCCCAGCACCAGAACCUGAAGCAGGAUGGAAGGUCAAAGCAAACGACAGAGAUUUCUGCAACCUUCCCGAAUUCAAAAGGAAGACGUUCUUGUGCUUCAAGAAAAGCAAGUACUCUGGAAAUGCAAUCAGGACCUAUAAGUACAACGUCCUUACCUUCCUGCCUCUGAACCUGAUCGAGCAGUUUAAAAGAGCAGCCAACUUCUACUUUCUCGUCUUGCUGAUCUUGCAGAUCAUCCCAGAAAUCUCCACUCUCCCCUGGUACACCACAUUGGUGCCCCUGGUGUUGGUGCUUGGCAUCACCGCCAUCAAAGAUCUUCUGGAUGACCUGGCUCGCCACAGGUUGGACAAAGAGAUAAACAACAGAAACUGUGAGGUGCUCCUCAAUGGCAGAUUCCAGGAGGCCAAGUGGUUGGAUAUUCAAGUUGGUGAUGUCGUCCGAUUGAAAAAGAACGACUUCAUUCCUGCCGACAUUUUGUUAUUGUCCACCUCUGAGCCAAACAGCCUGUGCUAUGUAGAGACAGCAGAACUGGACGGAGAGACUAAUCUAAAGUUUAAGAUGGGUUUGAAGGUGACGCAUGAGAAGCUACAGGAGGAGAGUCAGCUGGCGAGCUUUGAUGCCAUGAUUAUUUGCGAAGAACCAAAUAACCGCUUGGAUAAGUUUACUGGCACGAUGAGGUGGCAGAAGGACGCGUACCCGUUAGAACUGGAUAACAUGCUGCUUAGAGGCUGCAAGAUCCGAAACACGGAGGAGUGUCGCGGAAUCGUUAUAUUCGCAGGAGCGGACACUAAGAUCAUGAGGAACGGUGGAAAGACCAGGUUCAAACGCACCAAGAUCGAUUACCUUAUGAAUUACAUGGUGUACACGAUCUUCGUCAUGCUGAUCCUGAUCUGUGCCGGCCUGGCGAUCGGGCACACUUUCUGGUACGAGAGCAUCGGCAGUAAGGCCUGGUAUCUGUUCGAUGGGCAGAACCAGACGUCGUCCUACAGAGGCUUCCUCACCUUCUGGGGCUACAUCAUCGUCCUCAACACUAUGGUGCCCAUCUCACUCUACGUUAGCGUGGAGGUGAUUCGUCUGGGUCAGAGCAAGUUCAUAAACUGGGAUCUGCAGAUGUAUUACGCGGAGAAGGACACUCCAGCCAAGGCUCGGACCACCACCCUGAACGAGCAGCUGGGCCAGAUCGAGUACAUCUUCUCGGACAAGACGGGCACUCUCACGCAGAACAUCAUGGCUUUCAAGAAGUGUAACAUCGGCGGGCGGACGUUCGGAAAUCCGACCAAUAAGGACGGGAUGACCCUGGACCGUGCAAGUCCUGUUGACUUUAGCUGGAACAAGUACACUGACCGAAAGUUCCAGUUCUUCGACAGUCACCUUGUUUCCCUCAUCCGCUCAAAAAGCGACCCGGACAUGCUGGAGUUCUUCAAGCUGCUCUCACUCUGCCAUACUGUUAUGGUGGAGCAGAAGGAAGGUGAACUGGUGUACCAGGCUGCGUCUCCAGACGAAGGUGCCUUGGUCACGGCGGCUCGCUGCUUCGGCUUCGUGUUCCUGUCGCGCACGCAGGACACCAUCACCAUCAGUGAGAUGGGACAGGAGGCCACGUACGAGACGCUCGCUCUCCUCGACUUCAACAGCGACCGGAAACGCAUGUCCGUCAUCUUGAGGUGUCCAGACGGGCGUAUCCGGCUGUACUGUAAGGGAGCGGACACGGUGAUCUACCAGCGCCUCAGUCCCGACACCCUGCACAAAGAGACCACAGAGGAAGCCCUGGGUAUUUUUGCCAACGAGACUCUGCGCACGUUGUGUCUAUGUUACAAAGACAUCAGUGAGGCAGAGUUUACAUCGUGGGCCAGUAAACACAAGGAGGCCAGCGUGGCGUUGACCGACCGGGAGGAGGCUCUGGAUGCCGUGUCUGAACUCAUCGAGAAAGACCUGAUGUUGAUUGGAGCGACAGCCAUUGAAGACAAACUUCAGGACGGAGUUCCUGAAACCAUCGCCAACCUGGCCAAGGCUGAGAUCAAGAUUUGGGUUCUGACUGGGGACAAGAAAGAGACCGCUGAGAACAUCGGGUACUCCUGUGAGCUGCUGACGGACGACAUGACGCUACACUACGGCGAGGACGUCAAUCAGAAGCUGUCGGACAGACAGGCACAGCGGAGAAACGAAGGUGGAGCAGCGAGCAAGAACAAGGCGAAAGAGCCAUUUUUCCCCGAGCCUGGAAAGAACGCUCUGAUUAUUACAGGAGGCUGGCUGAACGAGAUUCUAUACGAGAAGAAGAAGAAGCGCCGUCGCCUGCGUCUGCGUCGCCUCGGGAAGCGCGGCCCUGCGACCAACUCUCAGGACGGCCAACCCCUUAACGACAAAGAGAAGGAGACCAGGCAGCGUGACUUUGUGGACAUGGCCUGCGAGUGCAGCGCGGUCAUCUGCUGCCGUGUCACCCCCAAGCAGAAGGCCAACGUGGUGAGCCUGGUGAAGCGCUACAAGAACGCCGUCACUCUGUCCAUCGGCGACGGCGCCAACGACGUCAACAUGAUCAAGACUGCAGACAUCGGCGUGGGCAUCAGUGGGCAGGAGGGCAUGCAGGCAGUGAUGUCCAGCGACUACGCUCUCGCCCAGUUCCGCUAUCUCCAGCGCCUCCUGCUGGUGCACGGCCGCUGGUCCUACAUCCGCAUGUGCAAGUUCUUGCGCUUCUUCUUCUAUAAGAACUUCGCCUUCACCCUGGCCCAUUUCUGGUACUCGUUCUUCAGUGGAUUCUCCGCCCAGAUCGCCUAUGAAGAUUGGUUCAUCACCCUGUACAACGUGCUGUAUACCAGUUUACCCGUCCUCCUCGUCGGCCUCCUGGACCAGGACGUGAACGACAAGUUGAGUUUGCGCUUUCCCAAAUUGUAUCUCCCGGGUCAGCAAGGGUCGCUAUUUAACUACACCAACUUCUUCAUCAGUCUGUUUCAUGGCAUUUUCACCUCCCUCAUCGUCUUCUUCAUCCCGUACGGAGCUUUUCUGCAGACCAUGGGUCAGGAUGGAGAGGCGCCGUCGGAUUACCAGUCCUUUGCCGUGGUUACCGCAUCCUCGCUCAUCAUGAUAGUCAGCCUGCAGAUCUCCUUGGACACCUCAUACUGGACGUUUGUGAACUGCUUCGCCGUGCUGGGCAGUAUAGCCAUUUACUUCGGCAUCAUGUUCGACAUACAGAGUGCAGGAAUACACGUCAUCUUCCCGUCGUUCUUCAAAUUCACCGGUGUUGCUGCUAAUGCGCUUCGCCAGCCGUACCUGUGGCUCACCAUCAUUCUAACGGUGGGAAUGAGCCUCCUGCCAGCCAUCUGUAUCCAGUUCCUCUGUAAAACCAUCUGGCCCACUGAGGGAGACAAGGUUCUGAGAAACAGGAAGAAGUACGAGCAGGAGGAAGAGGAGAAGAAGAAGAAGGUUCCUGCCUUCACACGUGGCGCUCGCUCACGCCGCUCUGCGUAUGCCUUCUCUCACUCCCAAGGUUACGCCGACCUCAUCUCUUCGGGCCGGAGUAUCCGCCAGAAGCCAACGAAGCGGGCGGCUAUUAGGGAAAGCAUCAGAGAGGAACCCAUACCCGAAAGCCCCUGAGACCUUUGACCUUGUGAUGUUUAGACGGGCAGGAACAUCUAAAGAUUUCCCGCUAUUUUACACACACGGCCUGAUUAUAGUAUCUAAGCAUUUAACACUCGUUAUAUUUGGUUUUAUAAUUUAUUAUUCAAAUAAAAAAAAAAUAAUGUGUGUGUGACGCACGACACAUUUUGUCAGCCGCCGUCUGAAGAGAUUCCAGGUCAGGUCGGUUCUUAACCCGCCGGUCCCGAGACCACUUGAUCUGCUUCCUUCUUUCCAUUGAAAAUGAAACCGAGCCCAGGGAUAAGGGAGCAGGGAAGGUCACUGAGGGACUCGAGGAGCUCAAUACAGCAAAAUUUGAGUAAGUUAUAAAAGAGCAGAAUGAGCCAAUGGAAAAGUUUACACAAAGGGAAAUGGGAGAGAGACUUUUCUCCCACUUACCCAUUAAAAAAAAACAAAAAAACAAAAAAAAAACACAGCUUUUAACGAGAGUACACUGUGCAUGAUGAACUAGAUAUCUCAGGAUUUUAUCUUUUCUAUUUUUUAGAAGGUGCAUUAUAUAGGAAGUUAAUUCAGUAGUUAUAAAGUUAUAAAGAUUAAUAAGAUAAUUGUUCAAAAACAAUUCAUCACAAUUUCACAAUUUUUUUUAUUUGAAUUCAUAUAUAUUUAUGCCAGAGUUGUACAUAUUGGUGUAACUGUCAUGGAAAUAGCGAUUACACUCGUUCUACCUAAAAAGUGAUUAUAUAUCGUUAAGAAAAUCCGUUAACACACAUACAGACAUGAAUAAACGUUCCUACAUAAUGCACCUUUAAAUGCUUAUUUAUCGCUCUAAAUCUCACACAUCAAGACCUGCAGCUUCGUCGGGGCAGAGAAGGAGCUCAUCAUGUCAUGUGUCUUUAAUUUAUAAACGUUUGUGAAUAUUAUUCAUCUGGCACAUGAAACUUGACAGUAAGGCUCGAAUCAUUACCACUUUACUCUGGAUUAUAGAUCAUACUCAAGAACACACUUUUUUUUUCUUGCAUUAAGGGAUGACUGGGUGUAUGUGGGAUGCCUUCCAGGUGGAGAACUUCUAAAUAAUGUUUACACUAAUGUUACUACUUUUGCACUUCCGUCUCCUCUAGUUGAGAAGAUCAGCUAUCCGAACGGUGUCAUUUUCUUUGCACACUACGUGACUAGUGUUCAUCCAUUUUUUUCCCUUUUCUUUAUGUUUUGUUUAUCGUGUUAAACAUUUCCCAUACUUUAGAGCCCCAACUUUUCCAAAAGGUUAUUUCUGUUCAGUUAGGACUGUCUGUGCAUUUGGUAAUAUGGAUUUUGUCCUGUUAGUUGAGAAAAAGUGUCUAUUUUUAACAAAAUAUACAAACUGUUACAUAUGAAUAUUUAAUCUUUAAUCCGCCAUAAUGGAUGAUUUAUUUGUUACAUAUCUUUUUAACACUGCUGAACAGGUGCCUGAGUGCCUGCAACGUCCGUGCCGUAUCCCUAGAAAGAAAGAAAAGAAAACAUUUUACCGAAUGUUCUUUUUAAUGUAUUGUAAUAUACUUUGUACAAAUAAAUAUAUAAAUAAUAAAGGUGUACAAAUAUCUGUA